UUAGUAUCGUCUGUGUUGUGUCGCAGAACGGCGACUUUUGCUCGCGAAUUUUUUAAAUUUAGUGACAAAAGCGGCGUUCUUCCUGGGAACCGACUGUGCAGAAACACUCGAAAACAAAUCUUGCGUUUAUAGUUUUCGAUUUUUGGUCGUUUCGUGUCCAUGGCCAUGUAGAAGACCGUUGUCCUUGCGCCAGGGUCACCUCUCAGGGUUAGCGAAUCAAUGGGCAAACACCACGUCAGUGCUCUCGGAUUCGCAACUUUUCGGCCGUGAACAAACUGCUGAGAUGCGAGUGAGGCGAAAACUCGCGAUUCACAACAUUUCGACCUAAAUCAUGCGGAUCGUCAGUGGGAAAAUCCUACUUGUCCUUGCAGUUUGCUUCCUGUCGUCGCUGCCCGCUCGAAAUUCUGCAAAAGAUGUCAAAGCGAAAAAAGGAGCGGCGCAAACUCCGCUUGCGGCUACCUCCGUUUUAAAUUCUGAGACUCCGCUGGACCACAGCACAGACAAUUCGACCCUAGAGGAGCACACUAAAGUUCCGUCAGUCACUACUGUGACCGGAAACGGGCCAUCCAAUUCACCUCUACCUCUACACAGUAUUGCAGCUGAGAGUCCACAGAAAAAUGAGGACAAAAUCGCCAACCAGGAUGAAAUACAAACUCAGACUGUUGAUUCCGAAAUCGUGGCUCAAUUGGACUCCAGUUUCGAAGAGGACUCUGCGCCGUCUGCAGUUGAAGAUGUCGUCGAGCCGAGCAGCAACUUACUCAACGUUUCUAUCUCUGAGCAGCCUAUUGAGACAUCAAAGCUGGAGACAAAAUCUCAUAAAAAGUCAAAACUAAUCAAACCAACGGUGGAACAACUGAACGUUCCAAUUGUUCCGGUGCAGCUGCCCGAUCUCCAAAAUAUUUCCGAAUCGCUCAACGACGACGCGACAAACCACACAGUCGACUUGCUCGUCCAACAGCAGCAGCAGCAGGCAACUGUCGCUGCCGCCCCCAAACUGCCCCCUGACAAAGAAGCCCCCAAAGAGAAGCAGCCCUCGGCGGCCACGGUUUCGGAAGAGCCAAAGCCGGCCAACCAGAGCGAGGAGAUUCCGUCGUUCAACGAGUGGGCCCAAAAGCAGCUGGCAGAGGCCGAGAAGAAGAAAGUUCAAAACACGAGCGAGUUGCCGAAAGCGGCGCCAAAGGCGCAGGGCAACAUAAAAAUCCGCUCCAAGAACUACGCGUCGCCCGACUGUGGUGCCAAAAUUGUGGGCGCCAACCAGGAGGCGCAGCACGCCAGCUCCGUCUUGUCGUCCUCGCAGGACGAGUACGCUCUGAGUCCGUGCAACAGUGCCAAGAUCUGGUUCGUGGUAGAGCUUUGUGAGGCCAUCCAGCCUAAGCAGAUAGAGUUGGCCAACUACGAGUUAUUCUCGUCAUCCCCACAGGAGUUUUCAGUUUUCUUCAGCGACAGAUACCCAACCCGGGACUGGCACUUGGUGGGCCAAUUCACCGCCCAGGACGAGCGAACCGUGCAAAGCUUCAACUUGGAGCCGUUCCCCUCCUUUGGCAAAUUCAUCAAGGUGGAGAUGCAUUCUCAUUAUGGCAAGGAGCACUUUUGCCCUGUAUCUUUAUUUCGCGCCUACGGCACCAGCGAGUUUGAGGUUCUUGAGACUGAAGAGGAAGGCCACAGCGCAAGACACGCGGAAGAAGACGAUAUUGAUGAUGAUGUGGCAGGUUCAAUCCAACCCGAGAAGGUUCAACCCAAGAACCUUUUCGGCAGCGCCACCGAGGCUGUGAUAAGCAUAGUUAAAAAAGCUGCUCAAGCUGCAAAUGUCUUUGCAAAAACUGGUGACUCAAGCAACUCGACGUCUUCCGUGACGGACAUGCUGCUUACCAACAACACAAUGUGCAGCAUGUCUCCGAACAUACCUUUUGAAGAGCUGUGUCCCAACUGCACACCUGGUGUGUUGAAUCUCCUCACAUGCAACUACAGAGCACUACGGGCCAUGCUCUCAUCUAAUUAUGUACUCAAAGCUCUCCAGCGAGAGCAACUCUGCUUCAGGACAAGUUUUAAUGAAAGUUUCUUGGGCGUGAUGCUUGGACCGGAUUACAUUUCUGCUCUCUGCAGAAUCCUCCUCUCUUUGCACCCUGCACCCAUAAACAUGAGCCUAGCAGAGGAUGCAAACAGUGAUUUUGUGUUGGUUGUCAAGCCAUCAGGGCAGCCGUCUGGUGUUUCGACUUGCAGCAAAGUUAGUGGCUCUUCUGCAGACAUUUCAAGUGGAGAAAAGGAGAGCUCACUUGAUUCAAGUGUCCCCAUUCAGCCAACCCAGACGUUGAAGCAGAAGAAGGACUCUGAGGAGGUCCAGAUUGAGUCUGUCGUUGCACCAACAGCAAGUGUGCACCUUGAUAUUGUGCCAGUCGAGCAAGCGCCUCAAGAAAAUUUAAUUGAGGAAGUAGCUGCUCCUGAAGAUGAGACUGAUCAAAAUGUUACUGAAGAGUGGCCGGCUAGUGAAAAUGGAGAAGUUGUGGAUUUGCUUCCGGAGGACGAGGGCUCCGAUGUUGUUGAGCUCACAAGUCAGUCCUCCCAACAAACACACCAAACUUCCUCAAGCACGACAACCACCAAUGCAGCUCCUGCAACUCCUUCCAGUGCCACGCCAAACCCAGUCAAUGUGCACAUGCAAGGGGGCCAGCAGAAAGAAUCUGCCUUUGUUAGACUGGCAAAUAGAAUAAAGGCUCUGGAGAGAAACAUGUCCCUGAGCGCCCAGUAUCUGGAGGAGCUGAGCAAGAGGUACAAGAAGCAGGUGGACGAAAUGCAAAAAGCGUACGACCGAACUUUAGCUGCAGUCUCUGAGUCAUCAAGGCAAGCUGCACAGCGGGAGCAAAUCCAGGCUGAGAAAUUCAACUCGCUGGAGCAGAGGUUCCUCAUUUUGGCCGAAACAGCGGCCAUUCUUCUUGCGGAAAAAGAUUCCUGGCAGUAUAAGUUUCAAGCCAUAUGCCACAAUGUCAUCCUUGUGAGUGCUGCCGUCUACUUAAUUUUGCAUCUCAUCAAAAAGAUCGGCGUUCGAACUGUCAAGGAGAGCACUCCUGAUUUGGACAGAAGGCUCUCUGUUUUCAAAAGGCACUUGUCUGCCGACGACAUUCCUAACGAUGAGCCCAUAAGAAAGAGAAGAACCAGCGAACUUGAAACAGAAGUUUGCCCGUCUCCAAAGCUGAAAGUGCCAGAAAAGAAACUAGUGCUGCCACUUGCUUUGAAACACGACCCCCUUGCUGACAAAGAAAACAGGCUGGACCCGUACAAGAAAAAGAGGAAGCGACUGAGGCGCGAACUGCGAGGCAUGAGCGUCCAAGAUCUGUGUUCUGGUCUCAGUCCCGGCACGCUGGCCAUCAUGAGAGCACCAACGCUCAAGGUGGCUCCCAAACCCUCCAUCAGCCCAAUCCACCGACUGACACCCAUCAAGGGCAGGAGGCACAGCACCGACAACUCAAUCAUAGACAACGAGUUUUGGAAAAAAGAGUUCAAGAUGAGUUUGAGUCACUCUGACAAAAUCGCCGUCUUCACAAACGGCGAGGAGGGCAAAGAGGGCAGCACCUUGACGGUGGAGCUCAUCAAGGCUGACGAGGACGAAAAUACGCCUCCAGCGGCGCAAACCGUCCAGCAGCCAAAAAAGUCGAGCAGCGGUCUCAAGAAGAUGGUGAAAAAACUUUUCUGAUUAAAGUAGAAAAGUGGUCACUUCCGACGCUUACUGCAUUUCUGUCUGUGAUCAAUGGCGCACUAAUGAAUGAAUUGUUAAUUAAUUAUGAAAUGUUUUCACUACAGUGUAGUCGCGCACGUUUUUAUUUUUAGCUUGUUCAAGUUCCUUUGCGAAAUCUGAUUGAGUCAGGUUGGUUAGAAACUUAUAUACAUACACAUGUGAAUGUUGUAAAUUGCCGUUUUUACGAAAUCAAAAUCACUUUAUGAUGUUCUGAACGAAGUUAAGUGUUGAGCUUCUUUUUUUAGUUUUAGCGAGAGGAAUCAUCUCAAAAUCAUCUUGACGGUUUCCUUUAAAAACCGGAGGGAUUGAUUUGGCAUUUUUUAACUGUGUAGUCAUUCAUGUUCCCAAUUUUAUUUAUUGCUCCUACUUGUAAACUAGAACUACGUUGUAAGUAAAAAGCAGACUGGUGUAAUUAACGUAAAUGAACGGAACAAAGCAAAGUGGUGAUCAAGCCAAGGACUUUCACACUGGCAGAUUAUGUAAAUGUAAUUUAUGUUGUAAAAUAAUCGGAUAACGCUUCGACAAAAUGGAAUGGAUUGCGAUUGAAAGUGUGAAAAGUGCGAUAUAUAUUUUGUGCCGUGUUGUAUGCAAGUAGAUCAACAGACCAAAAUAAAAAGUACCAAAUAGAUAA